AUGGCACGCUUGAGCUUCCUGCUCGUCGGAGCCCUUUCGGCCCUCAGCGGCUUCGCCACCGCAAGCUCCGGCUCCGUCGUGAAAGACCUACUCCCCACCAACUUCGACGAAGUCGUCCUAGCCGGCAAGCCCGCGCUGGUUGAAUUCUUCGCUCCCUGGUGCGGCCACUGCAAGACCCUCGCCCCCAUUUACGAGGAGCUUGCGCAGACCUUUGCCUUCGCCGAAGACAAGGUCAUCAUCGCCAAGGUCGACGCCGACGAGAACCGCUCGCUCGGCAAGCGCUUCGGUGUCCAAGGAUUCCCUACUCUGAAGUGGUUCGAUGGAAAGACCGAUACCCCCGAGGAGUACAAGGGUGGCCGUGAUCUCGAGAGCCUGUCCGCCUUCAUCACCGAGAAGACUGGUGUCAAGCCUCGUAGCGCGCAGAAGGAGGCUAGCAAGGUUGAGAUGCUGAACGAUGCUUCUUUCAAGACUGUUGUUGGUGGCGAUAAGGAUGUGCUGGUCGCUUUCACUGCGCCGUGGUGUGGACACUGCAAGACCCUCGCUCCCACCUGGGAAACCCUCGCCCAUGACUUCGCCCUCGAGUCCAACGUUGUUAUUGCCAAGGUCGACGCAGAAGCUGAGAACGCCCGUGCCUUGGCUAAGGAGCAGGGUAUUACUGGAUUCCCUACCAUUAAGUUCUUCCCCAAGGGCUCCACCGAGCCCGAGCCUUACGCUGGCGCACGCUCCGAGGAGGCCUUUGUCAAGUUCGUCAACGAGAAGGCUGGUACACACCGUACCGUCGGUGGCGGCCUUGACAGCUUCGCCGGCACCAUCGCCGCUCUGGACGCGAUUGUUGCUGAGAAUGUUGCGGCUCAGAAGUUCGAUAAGCUGGUGACUGAGGUUAAGAAGGCCGCCGAGGGCCUGUCCGACAAGUACGCUGAGUACUAUGUCAAGGCUGCGGAGAAGCUGAGCAAGAAUGAGGGCUACGCUCUCAAGGAGCUCACUCGCCUUCGCAAGGUCCUGGCUAAGGGUGGCUCCGCUCCCGAGAAGAUGGAUGACCUUCUCUCUCGCAGCAACAUUCUCAGUCGCUUUGUUGGUGAGGAGAAGCACGAUGAGCUUUAA